AUGCUUCGCUCCUCGCUUACUCUGACUGCGGUCUCGUUGCUGCUGGGAGGCUUCUCCCCUGUGGCUGUUGAGGCUGUUCGGACAAUUUCAGCUGUUGGUUCCCGCUUCUUUUACGAAGACGGUACCCAGUACUUCUUGAAAGGCAUCGCGUAUCAGCUCGUUCCUGAUGAUCCACUCAUCGACACGGAACAAUGCACUCGCGACGUUAAGCUCAUGGCCGAGCUGGGGACCAACGCCAUCCGCGUCUACCAUGUCGAUCCCCAUGCCAAUCAUGACGGCUGCAUGAAAGUUCUGGCAGAUGCCGGCAUCUACCUGUUCGUUGAUCUCGACACUUUUGACACACAGAUCGAGCAGACUGAUCCCCACUGGAAUGAGACCCAGUUUGACCGGUUCAAGCAGGUCUUGGACGAGUUUCAAAAGUAUGAGAAUACAGCGGGUGUGUUCGUUGGAAAUGAGGUCCUCACCACAAAAGAGGGCUCGGCCGCUGCUCCCUAUGUGCUGGCUGCGGCUCGAGAUAUCAAAGCGUACCGCGAUGCGCAGAACUACCGAAACAUUCCUGUGGGUUACUCUGCAGCGGAUAUUGCGGAGCUGCGUCCCAUGUUGCAGAAUUAUCUAGCUUGCGCGAAAGAUCCUAAUGAUCGCUUGGACUUCUUCGCACUGAAUGCCUACGAGUGGUGUGGAAAUUCCGGGUACGUUCAGUCUGGCUAUAGAGAGCUUCAGAGAAACGCAAGUGGCUAUCCGAUCCCCAUCUUCUUCUCCGAGACUGGCUGCAACGCCGCACGGCCUAGAACCUUUGGUGACCAAGCUGCCAUUUUCGGCGAACAUAUGUCGGAUACCUGGUCCGGCUCUAUGGUCUACGAGUGGAUCCAGGAGGUCAACGACUACGGUUUGGUCAGUUAUGGUCCCCCUGCGCCAAAUGCUCCUCCGACAGACACUCUUGUUUAUGAUGGCUUCACUCGCAAAGGUGUCCCGACCCCCGUGUCUCCUGACUUCCACAACCUCAAGACCCAAUGGGCUACACUGUCACCCACUGGCGUCGCCUUGUCUGACUAUGUUCAAUCCACCUCUACUAUCAGCCCCCCGGAGUGCCCUGCCUACACAUCUGGGGCUUGGGAGGUCGACCCCAGCUCUCCGCUGCCCACUCUGGGCCAGACGCAGACGAAAUCUGGCUCAACAUACCAGGUCACUAAUGUAAGCGGUUCUGGAAACCUGCCAGUCCUCAGCGCCACAGCUACCAGGCCGACAUCCUCGACCCCGACACAGCUGCUCCACAGUGGUGCUGCCAGUCCCCUUUCUCUUCCACGGAUCGCUGGCUCAAAUUAUAUCGCGAGCGCAUCCGUGUUGAUCGGAUUUGUGAUUGGUAUGGUUGCUGUGUUGCUAUGA